AUGGAUAGAAUUCUCGGUCAGGGAGGUCAGGGUACCGUGUACAAAGGAAUGUUAGCAGCUGGAAGAAUCGUUUCUGUGAAGAAGUCUAACAUAUUUAAUGAAGGCGAAGUUGGAAAAUUUAUUAAUGAAAUUGUCAUCCUUUCACAAGUUAGCCACAGAAAUCUGGUUAAGCUAUUAGGUUGCUGUAUGGAAACCAAAGUUCCACUCUUGAUUUAUGAGUUCAUACCCAAUGGAACACUUUCUCACUAUAUUCAGCAUCAAAAUGAGGAGUUUCCUCUUACGUGGGAAGUACGCUUACGAGUUGCCAUCGAAGUUGCAGGAGCUAUUUCAUACUUGCACUCAUCAGCUUCCUCUCCCAUUUACCAUCGAGACAUUAAGUCUUCAAACAUACUCUUGGAUGGUAAGUUUAGAGCUAAAGUUAAGGACUUUGGAACAUCAAGAUCAGUAGCCAUAGAUAAAACACAUCGUACCAUGACAAACGUACAAGGAACAUUUGGUUAUUUGGAUCCAGAGUACUUCCAAUCUAGCCAGUUUACGAGAAAAACCAAACAGAAGGAUCAUUAG